AUGUGGGAAAGUCUCCUGCAGCUCCACAAGAGCGCACUGUGCCGCCGCGAACGCAGGUGGAGGGCCCGUCUCAGGCAAAUCGCCAUGCUCCUGCCCAAGGUUCAACAUCGUAGGCCUAGGAGGUACGCCCAGGUGGUCAACAACACCCCUUUACUAGUGGCGUACUUCAGGGGAGAGGAUGACCUGAGGACUAUCUAUAGACUCUCCCGGCAGUCCCUGGAUGCACUUAUCAGGCUGUUGCCACACACAGAGAUGCGUGGCUGGGGGCCGCAUAUCACUGUACUGAUCACCGUGUACUGGCUGGGGCACGGUGUGACGUACAGUGUGGUAGCCCAAGCCUUCCAGGUCCCCGCGGCAACAGUCUGCCGCCUUGUGCAUUCAGGCUGCCAAGCCAUCAAAGCACUCCGGAGCCAGGUCAUCCAACUCCCCACCGGGCAGGGGCUGGACGUGACGGGCCAGGCCUUCGCAGCCGCUGCGAACUCCCCUGCGUUCGCCAGAUGUGUCGGUGCGAUUGACGGCUGCCAUGUCCGCAUCAAGACGCCCCCCGGACCAGAGGGCCAGGAUUACCUCAACAGGAAGCUCUUCCCAUCCAUGCAGAUGCAGGCUGUGUGUGAUGGGAGGGGCAAAUUCCUCAACAUCUUCGUGGGAUAUCCUGGCUCUGUUCAUGACACCAGAGUCUUGCGGAACAGCAGGAUCUAUAGAGAGGCUCUGUAUCCUCCACCUGGAUAUUACAUCGUGGGUGAUGGUGGCUACCCCUGCAUUUCCCAUCCAAUAGCCAUCAUCACCCCUUACCGGGAGCCAGUGGAAGGGAGGAUGCAGAGUCGCUUCAACCAGAGACAUGCCAAGGCCCUCAACGUCAUCGAGCGGGCCUUUGACAUGUUGAAGGCUCGUUGGAGAUGCCUGCUGUCCAAGGCUCUGGAGGUGGAGCACACCUUCGUGCCAACGGUCAUCACGGCCUGUGCCGUCCUCCAAAACAUCUGUCUCAUGGCGGGGGACAUUGAGGACUGCACAGAAGCCGAUGGUGACAUAGGUGUGCCUCCACCUGGUCCAGUGAGGGGCGCACGAAGUGGACAUGGCUUGCGUGACCGACUGGCGGCACAAGUGUCGGAGCUGCAGGAGAACAUGAAUGACCACGACUAUUGCGCAGGGUAG